AUGGUCCUUAGAGACAUUAGGGAUCUGGUGCAUUCCAUGGGAAAAGAUAUUAGCAGUUAUGGACUCCCGGAUUGGGAUCUGGUGGAUGAUGAGUGUUCCAAUGGAGAUUCCAGAGAGGUACAAGAGGAUUUGUCAGUUAGUUUUGACAAAGAAGACACAAACAUGUUUACAUCUCUUAACAAAGAGCAGUGUGCUGGUUUUGAUGAAAUCCUCUCUCAUGUUCUCAACAGAAGGAGCCAGAUUUUCUUUGUUGAUGGUCCGGGUGGCACGGGGAAGACAUAUCUAUACAAAUCACUCCUUGCAAAGGUCUGUUCCUUAGGUCAAAUAGCUAUUGCUACAGCUACAUCUGGUAUAGCGGCAUCGAUCAUGCCUUGUGGGCGCACCGCCCAUUCCAGGUUUAAAAUUCCGAUUAGGCUCACAGACAGCAGCACAUGCAAUUUCACCAAGCAGAGUGGUACCGCAAAGCUGCUCAGUAGGGCAUCUUUAAUAAUCUGGGACGAAGUUGCCAUGACGAAGCGCCAAACUGUUGAGACGCUUGAUAGGUCCUUACAGGACAUCAUGGGAUCUGCUUUACCUUUUGGGGGGAAAGUCGUGGUGUUUGGAGGAGAUUUUAGGCAGGUCCUUCCCGUUGUAACACGUGGUACAAGAGCUCAAAUCACUGAUGCCAGGCUACAGAGGUCUUAUUUAUGGGAUAAGAUUAGGAAGAUACGCCUCACACGCAAUAUGAGGGCAUAG